AUGGAUGCAUUCAGCAAGAAGCUCUCGCAACCAGUUCUGUCCAGUUGGUCCUCCAAUGUCCAAGACAUGUUACGGGCAUCGGACGACCCGAAAGAUUUCCCCGACACAUCGGUUGCGAUGCUCCGCUCCAAGGGCGAGCGUUGCAUGGUGAUAUCAGUUUGCAGUGAGCUUGAUCCAAGAGGGCUGGGAGACCACCGUGUCCAAGAAACAGAACAACCUGGAGAAACAUGGGCGUGGUUGGGGCUCUCAUCCUCAGCAUCCUGUACUUAA